ACAAUCGAUAGAAUCGAUUGUUAUAUAGAAAAUGUAAAAUCAUAUAGAACUGUUGAUAAUCAAAUUUUAAAUUGCAGAAUUUCUAUAUUUAGCCCACCAAGUAGGAAUCAUUGAUGCUAAAAUUCACAUUUUCCUUUUAUAUUCUUGAUCAUAUUUGUAGCUCCUGCUGUUUUUGUUGUUUUGAAUAUAUUUAGCCGAUUUUCAUAAAAUAAUUCAAUAAAGUUAACAAUCAAAACCAUCACAGAAUGAACGGAUCUAAUAAUUUGCCAGAACAAUCGCAAACAAAACGACAAUCUAUAAUGGCCGAUCAAUCAAUCGACAAUAGGUUGAUUUAUAUUCAACCAUUUGGCGAUGAAAAUGUUAUGUUACCUAUGACUAGACGUGCAGCUAGGCUAUCCGGUUAUCUUGGUGAUCUAAUUGAUUUGAUUGAUCAAAAGGCUUUUGAUGUGGAAGUGGAAAAUUCAACCAACAUCGAUAGUGCUAAUUGUCCAACAAUUCCAUUGAUUAAUCAUACAGCAUGCAACGUGAAUACAAUGAAAAACAUUAUACGAUGGUGUGAAUAUCAUUGUGAUGAUCCGAAAUUGGAUGAUAAUAAUUUCGAAGAUUCAGAAGAAGAUGAAUAUGCUAGACGUACAAGAAAACUUGAAGAAUUACCAUCGUAUUGGGAUCGACGAUUUUUGGCCGAUAUAGCCGGUGAUGAGGAUCAGACGAAUGGAUGGCAAAAUCGAGCAGAUCUUUAUGAUCUACUCAUUGCAGCACAUUUCUUACGUAUCAAUCCCAUUGUCGAGAUUGGUGGAAAAUUCAUUUGCCAAUCGAUUCGUGAACGAAAUGUCGAACAGGUACGAAAUUUUCUGGGCAUCAUAAACGACCUGAGUGAAGAUGAUAACAUUCUUUCCAAUACCGAUCGUUUAACAUUCAAUUUUCGAAAAAAUUAAGAGUGUACAACCCGUGAGUAGUCUGAAUUCAGUUAUGGCUAACACAUUAAUUAGCCAUUCCGCACAUCGUACUGUUAUUCAUUAGCUAGCCGCAAAUCAUUUCACUGAAUACAACCAUUUAUAAAGCAUCAGGAAUCCAAAUGGAAACCAUCUCCUGCAUAAUAAAAUGGAAGUAUUCAUAACUGUUGCUCUCGACUUGCACUCCGAAUUACGAAGUGAAUCACCAAGAUUCAGAAGCAGUAAAAUAAAUUUACAUGCUCGGCAUUCUCAGACCUUCCCAAAGGUAAAUCUUGGAUCUACCUCUAGUGCGGACUACAAAUUGUACACAUUAUACACUCUCUAUUGAAAGUGACCGAAACUAUAAAAAUCUACCAUUUCCAGUUCCACCAAGAAUUUAUAACCAAAUUGCUUAUAUACACUUUAAAUUCUUCACGUAGAUUUUAUUGCAGUUUGCUGUCCAUCAAAAUUGACUUUAUCUUAUUAUAGAUAUUUUUAAACAGAAUAAAACGAAAAUCAUUUAUACAUGAAAAUAUAUUUUCAUUCAAAUUGUUAUUUAGAUGUGCUGUUUUCUGAAUGUUUUUAUAUUAUAUGUAAAUCUAAAAAAUUUUUCAAAGAAAACCAUAAACCUUCUUAUCAUUAUGGCCGCAUCUUCAAUGUUCUUCUUCGCACUUUUUUUCUUGUUUGUCUGUUUGGCCAUUCGAACAUUGAAGUUGAAAUAUCAAACAUGUAUUUCAUUUUUUUAAUAAUUAAUAAUAACACCGUUUGUCUAUGUGACUUGUCAUUUCGAUUUCUCGGUUUUUUCUUGUUUAAAAAAUCUGCUUGAAAAAUUA